AGCCCGGGGCGGGGCGGAUGCGCCGCAGGGGAGUGUUGUGGGGACGCCCGGCGGCUCGGCCGCGCUCUCCCCAGUGUCUUAUUUCAGGGGUGUCGGCGCGCGUCUGGGGGUAGUCGGGUGAACCUCAGCCGUGAAACCAGGUGGUAGGUGGGUGCCAAGCUCAGGCCUUCUGUCCGAAGAUUCUUGUGGGUGGGCACAGAGUCGGCCUAAGUUGAAGUCGCGGCUUGGGGAGAGGAGCCGUUCGUGCCAAGUUUCCGGGCUGGGGCGCGGGGUUGAAUAGUGCAGAGAGACCACCUCAUGCUCAGGGACAACAGCCUGUUGGGCAGCCUGACUACGUCCCAGCUCUGGGAAGGAGCCUGCAGUUCUUUCCUCCUAUUCUUCUGUGGCAGAUUCAUUCCUGAUGCCUUUAAGAAAGAGGAGCCGCUACUGUGUCGGAGCGUGAGGACUUCUGGUGACGUUCCUGAAGCUUUUUUUGUUCUUAGUUUGCUUCCUGUGGGCCCUGGAUGCCCAGGGCAGACUGCCUGCUGGGAAAAGGGAGGACUCCCGGGCUGCUGGCUGCCCAGCUUCAGGCCGUGCUCCCAGGCCCAGGGUUGGAAGCUCCGUCCCAGUGCGUCCUCCAUUCUGCACACAUGGCGUUCAGGGACUUGGCUGUGGAUUUCUCCCAGGAGGAGUGGAGCCUGCUGAGUCCUGCCCAGCGCAGCCUGUACAGGGAAGUGAUGCUGGAGACCUACAGCCACCUGGCAUCUCUGGGAAUUCCAUUUUCUAAACCAAAACUCAUCACACAGCUGGAGCAGGGGAAAGAAAUGUGGCGAGAAGAGAGAAAAUGUCCGCCGGCCAUCUGUCCAGCAGAACCGAAGCCAGAGCUCCAGCCAGGUCCUUUCUGCUCCCCAGAUUUCUCGGCUCAGAAGAUCCCCGUGCAGCACGUGCUGUGCGGCCAGCCCCCCUGGUUGGUGACGUGCUUGUGCGCAGGAAGGCCUGUCCUGCCAGGGGCUCUGCGCGCGGGGGACCCAGAGGACCGGGAGAAGCAGCCGCAAGCCUCGGAGGGGCCCGCCUGGGGUGUGGAGGCCGAGGGCGGUGACAGCGAGGGCACCAAGCCUUGCUUUGGGAAGACGAAGAGAAGGACUUUGGGCGUGUUCUCCGGGCCACUGCAGGAGCAGCUGGGCGGGGGCCUGCACGGGGUGGGGGUGGGGGCGGAGGCUGGCUCAGCACCGCCGGGGACCCCUGAGGUCACAGACAAGUUGCUGACGAGCAUGGAGGUCUUAGGGUUUGGGACGGUCAACUGCGGCGAGUGCGGCCUGGGCUUUAGCAAGAUGAGCAACCUGCUGAGCCACCAGCGCGUGCACGCGGGCACGAAGCCGUACGUGUGCGGGGUGUGCGAGAAGGGCUUCAGCCUCAAGAAGAGCCUGGCCCGGCACCAGAAGGCGCACUCGGGGGAGAAGCCCAUCGUGUGCGGCGAGUGCGGCCGGGGCUUCAACCGCAAGUCCACGCUGGUCAUCCACGAGCGCACGCACUCGGGGGAGAAGCCGUACGCGUGCGGGGAGUGCGGGCGCGGCUUCAGCCAGAAGUCCAACCUCAUCAUCCACCAGCGCACGCACUCGGGCGAGAAGCCCUACGUGUGCCGCGAGUGCGGCAAGGGCUUCAGCCAGAAGUCGGCCGUGGUCAGGCACCAGCGCACGCACCUCGAGGAGAAGACCAUCGUGUGCGGCGACUGCGGCCUGGGCUUCAGCGACAGGUCCAACCUCGUCUCGCACCAGCGCACGCACUCGGGCGAGAAGCCGUACGCGUGCACGGAGUGCGGCCGCUGCUUCCGGCAGAGGACCACGCUGGUCAACCACCAGCGCACGCACUCCAAGGAGAAGCCGUACGUGUGCGCGGUGUGCGGGCACAGCUUCAGCCAGAACUCCACGCUCAUCUCCCACCGCCGCACGCACACGGGCGAGAAGCCCUACGUGUGCCCCGAGUGUGGCCGCGGCUUCAGCCUCAAGUCGCACCUCAACAGGCACCGCCACACCCACUCCGGGGAGAAGCCCAUCGCGUGCGGGGAGUGCGGGCGCGGCUUCAGCCAGCAGUCCAACCUGGUCCGGCACCAGCGCACGCACUCGGGGGAGAAGCCCCUGGUGUGCGAGGACUGCGGCAAAGGCUUCAGCCAGAAGUCCAACCUCGUGGCACACCGGCGGACACACUCGGGGGAGAAGCCGUACGUGUGCCGGGAGUGCGGCAAGGGCUUCAGCCACCAGGCCGGGCUCAUCCGGCACAGGCGGAAGCACCUGAAGGAGCAGCCGUCCGCCUGCCGGCAGUGCGCGCUGGGCUUCGGCGACAGGCCCGCGCUGAUCAGGCACCGGCGGGCGCACUCGGAAGCAAGGCCGUGUGUGUGCGGCGAGUGCGGCCAGGGCUUCAUCCGGAAGGCGCUCCUGGCUUCGCACCAGCUGGCGCACAAGGGGAGGCCGCCGUACGCGUGCCCGGCCUGCGGGCAGGGCUUCAGGCAGCGGGCUCAGCUCAGCAGGCACCGGAAGGCGAGGUGCGGCCACCACAAACCCCCACCGCAGGCCGGCCCCGAGGCCCAUUGCGGGCAGGGCGCUGACCUCUGGGAUUCGCUUUGAAAGUGAAGGUGGUGCACGGCACUGACAGUCAACAUUUUUACCCUGCCAUGAAAUGGGAUCUAAAGAGCUAUUCCGGGAGAGCUCAGAGGACACUGACUUGGUUUACUUUCUCCCCGCAAGGUCUUUCCCAUGUUUUGUGGCCUUCUGUUCUAAUAAACUGCUUCUUUCCAAA